GUCAUGUCAAUUAUUUUUAUUUAGUCAAAAUUAUUUGAUACAACAUCUAUAUGAUGUAUGAUCCAUUGAAAGCUGGAGGUUCAGGUUUAAUUGUACCCCAUGAUAGAGGCAUCGUUAGAGCGAUCAACGCAGUUUUUAAACCACCAAAACCUACUGGAAGAUUGGAAUGCACCAUAUUUGUUGGCAAAUUAAGUUUUAAAACUAAAAAAGAGGAAUUGAGAAAGAAAUUUAGUAAAUAUGGAGAUAUAAAAAAAAUACAGUUAAUUAAAGAUAUAGUUACUGGGAUGUCUAAAAAGUAUUCAUUUAUUGAAUUUGAAAAUAUUAAAUCAGCUAAAGCUGCUUACAAAUUUGCAAAUGAUACAAUAUUAGAUAAUUCUAAGAUACAUGUGGAGUAUGAGUUUGGGAAUUCUUUACAAGGAUGGGUACCGAGACGACUUGGUGGUGGAAUUGGUGGAAAUAAAAAAUCUGGGCAACUUAGAUUUGGUGGAAGUAUUAAAUCACAUAAAAGAAUUUUGAAAUUACCAAGCAAGAAUUCUAAAAUGAACAGAAAAAUUUAUAAAUAACUUUUUUAAGAGUAAAAUAUGUGAAAUCAUUAAAUAAUUAAAGCUAAUUUUAAGAACCUAUUUACUUAAAUAGUUUAAUAUAUAUAUACUCACAUAUUUUCUAAAUUAAAUGAUGAAGAAGUGAAGCAUAUAAAUUUAUGGUUAAUUAAACUAAUCAACUCAAUCCAAGAGCAAAAGCUUAUGAGCACAAAAAGAUAAAACAAAAUUAUUUUAAAUUUUAAUAAAAAAUAAUAACUAAAUGAUAUUGUUAAUUUUGUUUGGAUUCCUAAUAAAUUAAAUAGCAAAAACAAUUAAAGCCCAUUAUAAAAGAUUAUAUUUUAAAAUAUACUGAUAAUGAUAACAUCUAUAAAUUUUAAACAUAUUCUUGUUAAGGCAAUGUAUUAAUGGUUACCUGGCUCUUCUAAUUCCCAUUUCUGGAAAGUAGACUGGUCCAGGCUGCACAAUUAUUACUUCUGUGAAAUAAUAUUGCUGGCUUGGAAAUUAAAUUUUUUAGAACUUUCAUUUUGUGCAUAAGUUCUUGCACCUCCUUUUCUAUGGGCACAUAAUAUUUUACAACUCUAAUGGUGUUUGCAAAACAAAAUCAAUUAUUUUGCUAUUAUCCUUUGACACUGAAGUAAGACAACCCAAAAGCAAGUGUUGGAGGUAGAGAUCUGCACAGAUUAUCUGUAGCCUGACCCGAGCUUGGUCAAGGACAGGUUUGGAUAUAAAAAACUUUAUUUUGGAGCUUGGGUUAGAUUGUAAGAGGUGUUGAAUCCUAAAUAUAAUCAUCUUAAUUCAUUAUGUUAAUUAAAAUAACAUGUCAUUUUUUUAUCUAAAACAUUUAUCAUUAAAAUGUCAAUCAGAAUAACAUUUCAUUUUCAAUUAUUAUUUUACAUAACAUCCAUACACCAAACUAUUUUGUUAUAUUUUUGUGUUAUCAUUACAUAAUUUAUUUACAUCAUAUUUUAUCAGGUUAAAUAAAGUAUAUUUAUCUAAUAUCUAUUUAAUUAAAUAGCCUCGAAUUUUCAAUAUUUAAAAUAGUUUAUCAAAUCUUAAAUAGGUGGAUGACUUAUCAAAGCAACUUUUCCAAUAAGUGUUUUGGUUCUUAAAUUCCUUUCUAACCCUGCUUCCUCGGCUAGCAGUGAAAGAGCGGGCUGGUAGGGCCCUUGAAGAUAGGAGUAGUGUUGUUAAAAAGCCGAGUUUUUACAGAUCUGACCUCGAGGUCGGAGCCAAAAAAUUG